AUGACUCCAUGCAUUGCAGCCAUCUAUCGCCAUUGCAGGGCCCUUGGCUCGCAGGCAGAUUUUCAGCUCCGUCCUCCAUCUCGCUUGCCCAUCAUGCCUUUGCAGUCGGAUGUGCGAGAGCGGCUGCAGGCUUUCCUUCGAGAAGCCUCGGAUGGCGACGGCCUUGUCCGAAUCGUGGAGAACUGCUUGAACUACUUGAAGUCCAAGCAUCUCUUGACCUCCAUGAAGUUGGAGGCGAGCCUUGUGGGGAUCCAUCCCUGCAACCGGGAUGGGUACGGAGUGAAUCCACAAGACGUUCGUGAUCUUGUGGACUCGAUUGUCGAUGUGGGCUAUGUCCCCACACGUGUGCAUGCGGUCGGUGUCGAAGUCGAAGGAGACUGGGUCCGGCAGUGGAACAAGAAGCUGUUCGAGUCAGCCCACGGUCUUCUCGGAAGCCUUGAGCCGGAAGCGAUCAAGAUCACUUCGAUCUGCGGAUCACAUACCAAUUGCGCUUUGCGACUUUUUCAACAAGGUGCAAGCCACGGCAACGAGGUCGUGAGUGUGGGUGGAAAGCUCAGCAUGGAGCUUCUUCGUGCUCGGGAUGCUUCGUUCCACGAAGCAGCUGAUCAAGGCCUGACGUGGGACGUGAUCUCCUCCUCCGUGGCGGAAGAGUUCCCAGAGCUGAUCAGCUUGAUAUCCCGGUCAGGCAACACAUCGCUUCAACGAGGAGAACAUGAGCUACAAGUACUCCGUCGCAUCCAUUCCACGUACUACCGCUUGCAGACUCAGACUGGCCAAGCACCGGCUUUUGCAUCUCUGAAGAAGUUGAUAUUGGCCAGCAAACCAAGCUGCCAUGCCUCCGUACCCCACAUGUUUACGUUUUGUCUGAAGGCUUCCGGGGGUGCCGAUGCGAGCUUCCUUCAGGAGACGGAGUCCUUUGUGCGGGCUUACUGCCCUUCUUCUCGGCAAUUGGGGCCUGUCCUGUGGGAGGCUUUCGGGCAAGAUUGCCGAGGGCACCAGUCAGAUCCCGUUGCAGCAUUUCGCCAUGCACUCAUGAAGCAGGCAUACUUGAGGCAGAAUGUGACCAUUGCUGAUGUGAAGAAGAUGACUUCUAAAGAACUCUUCCCCAAGGUCAAGGAAGCUGACAACAUGAUCCUCACGGUCAGGGGCAUCUUAAGGGAUGGAGCUCGCGAUUUCAUGACGGAUUCGCGGGUCGUGCAAGCUCUGGCCACUAUGGAUAUGACGAUAGCAUCGCACGUCCUCGGCAUCAAGGUGCCGGACGAGAAAAAGUACAAAACAGUCCAAGCGAUUGGGCACGAUUUUUUGCUCGUGGCAAGAAACCUGACCGGUGUUGCACUCCCUUUGCCAUGGGAGUCGGUGUCUGAGCAAAGUGAACCAGCUGCAACUGCAGCGACUGCUUCCCAGCCUUCUGCUGCAGGUGUGAUGCUUGAGCUUGCUGAAGACGGCAGUAUCAAGGAACCUGAGAAGAUAUUGGCCUCCAAGGGUUUCGCUAUGGGUGCACACAUCCGUCGCAAGGUUGACAAAAUCGAGGGAGUUCUUUCAGAAGUGAAAGGUCAGAUGGUCUUUGUGAAGAUGGCUUCGGGAAAGACGGCCAAGGUGGAUCUCAGUGUUAUCCUGGCUGGAGAUUGGGUCGUGUUUGUUCCUCGUGUGCAGCCCACAAUGCUAGACAGCUUGGACCUGUACCAGCACCAUGUGGAUUUUGAUGCCAGCAUUCUUGCAUCGAAGAUUCAGCUUGAGCUCUACAAGCUUCACCAGUCCAUGGAGUGUGGAUCGGAGCACCUGAAAUUGCAGCUGAAGCCUUCGAGGAUGUUGCUUGCCAACUCGGACAUCAAGAAACUCUGCAUGGUGCCCAUGACCAACAAGGUCGUGCAGAAAUCCCAGGGCCAAGGCAACACCAUGUUUGAGGUGCAGACGGACUGGCAAGGAGACGACCGCAAGUUUUGGCUUUCCGGAGCCAACAUUCUACCCAAAGAUAACGACGACGACACUUGCAAACAUGUGGUAGUUCCCUUUUGGUUGGUGCAGCACAGCCAUCAGGAAGAGGAUUGCAAUGUGAAGCUUGUUUGGAUUGCGGGAACAGAGAAGAGCAUCAAGAUUCCGGUUUUUAAGAACACCAAGAAGAUCCCGGAAGGCAGCCCCAUUGUGGCUUUCAGAUCUAAAACGGUGCAGGUGGCUCCCUUGGAGGAAGUGGAGGACGACCACAAGACUUCGGCGCAGAAAAGAGCAUCGGCGAGCUCAGGUGGCUCCAGCAAGAAGGCUCAGAAGAAGUGA